AUGCUUCUCAACCGCAUUGUCUUUAUUACGGCAAACCUAGGCCUGUUGGCUUUCGCUAUCUGGCUGCUCUACCUCGGGCACUGGAUGAUAGUGCUGCCAGGCUGGUAUGUCUACGAACUGCUUGUCACUCGACUUGGCAGUGAGCCGUCCUCGCAACGACGCCAUACCUUCUCGAUCGAUUCUGCCUUCCAUAUUAGCCAAGAGGUGACAGCCGAUCUGACAACCGAGAGCCAUUUUGAGCUCGGCCUCUUCCUUCUCUUGUCUGGCCUCCUGUUGGUCGCUCUUGUUCUGCUGGCCUUCACUCUUCUCAUCAUACGUCGAAGGGCCCUCAUCAAGACUUAUCUCGUCUUCUUGUUGCUAUUGCAGAUAAUCCUUGUUGUGCUUCUAAGCCUUUGGUGUCAUAAUCACACUGAAAUGCAAAUCAUAGUUGAGCGCAUAGCAAGAAACACUUUGUUGCGACAUUAUCGUCUGGGAUCAGGCCGAAGCAGUCCUGGUAACCGGAGUGCAGGUACAGAUGGAGUCAGAGCCAACGUGAACCAGAGGGGCGAUAUUACAUAUAUGCAGGAGGGAAUCCAGCACCUGAUAGAUCAGAUACAGCUGCGCCUGGCUUGCUGUGGUGGCAAGAGUCACCUCGAUUUUGUAAGUUCACCUGGUUAUCUGCCCAGUCUGGUCGAGGUUCCACCCUCCUGUUGUCAUCAGGGUCUGGUUGAGAUGACCACUUGUCUAGCCAAACCGAGCCCGGAGAACAGUCACAUGAACCGCCCAUGUGGCCAAGCCAUCUGGAAAGAAUGGCUUGCCGACCAAUACAAGAGCGUUGUAUGCGUGCUAGUCACUGCAAACCUGGCCAACAUCCUCCUACUUGUGCUCGGUUCAGUUAUGCUUUUCUACCAGCUGCCUUGA